GGGGGGCGUGUGCGCGCUCGGAGGUUCCGGGCCAGCCGCCGGCGCGCGAGCUAGAAGCGCCCCAGCCCGGCAAGCUGGCUCACCCGCUCGCCGCCCAGCACAGCCCGCUGGCCCCUCUCCUGCAGCCCAUCUGGCGGAGCGGCGGCGGCGGCGGCGGCGGCGGCAGGAGGAUGGCGACGGAACUGGCGAUGAGCAACUCCGACCUGCCCACCAGUCCCCUGGCCAUGGAAUAUGUUAAUGACUUCGAUCUGAUGAAGUUUGAAGUGAAAAAGGAGCCGGUGGAGACCGACCGCAUCAUCAGCCAGUGCGGCCGUCUCAUCGCCGGGGGCUCGCUGUCCUCCACCCCCAUGAGCACGCCGUGCAGCUCGGUGCCGCCUUCCCCCAGCUUCUCGGCGCCCAGCCCGGGCUCCGGCAGCGAGCAGAAGGCGCACCUGGAAGACUACUACUGGAUGACCGGCUACCCGCAGCAGCUCAACCCCGAGGCGCUGGGCUUCAGCCCCGAGGACGCGGUCGAGGCGCUCAUCAGCAACAGCCACCAGCUCCAGGGCGGCUUCGAUGGCUACGCGCGCGGGGCGCAGCAGCUGGCCGCGGCGGCCGGGGCCGGCGGCGGCGCCGCGCUGGGCGGCAGCGGCGAGGAGAUGGGCCCCGCCGCCGCCGUGGUGUCCGCCGUGAUCGCCGCGGCCGCCGCGCAGAGCGGCGCGGGCCCGCACUACCACCACCACCACCACCACGCCGCGGGCCACCACCACCACCCGACGGCCGGCGCGCCCGGCGCCGCGGGCAGCGCGUCCGGCUCGGCCGGGGGCGCGGGCGGCGCGGGCGGCGGGGGCCCGGCCAGCGCCGGGGGCGGCGGCGGCGGCGGCGGCGGAGGCGGCGGCGGCGGCGGCGGCAGCGGCGGCGGCGGCGGCGGGGGCGCGGCGGGGGCGGGGGGCGCCCUGCACCCGCACCACGCGGCGGGCGGCCUGCACUUCGACGACCGCUUCUCCGACGAGCAGCUGGUGACCAUGUCGGUGCGCGAGCUGAACCGGCAGCUGCGCGGGGUCAGCAAGGAGGAGGUGAUCCGGCUCAAGCAGAAGAGGCGGACCCUGAAAAACCGCGGCUAUGCCCAGUCCUGCCGCUUCAAGAGGGUGCAGCAGCGGCACGUGCUGGAGUCCGAGAAGAACCAGCUGCUGCAGCAGGUCGACCACCUCAAGCAGGAGAUCUCCCGGCUGGUGCGCGAGAGGGACGCCUACAAGGAGAAGUACGAGAAGCUGGUGAGCAGCGGCUUCCGAGAAAACGGCUCGAGCAGCGACAACCCGUCCUCUCCCGAGUUUUUCAUGUACCCAAGGGAAUCCUCUACAUCAGUGAUGUGAAAAAUCCAGUUGCCUGAAGUCCAAGAGCACAAUUGACCGAGGAGUGACCAUUGCCAUGGAAACACGUCACGGUGCUGCUUGACCCUCCCAUGAAGGGUGGCUUUUGAGUGAGCCUCGGAGGCUGGAGUCGGCACAAGGAGAUAACCAGAACUCGUGGUUUGCAUCAAGGUGGAAAGUAGGCCUUCCUAACACGUUCUUGCAGUGUAAGCCCUGACACACAGACUCAGAGGGUGGUGACCCCUCAGCCUGCCCACAUCUACGCUCGGCCCAUUUCAGAUACUCUAGACCUUGGCUAAGACCCAUCCGGAUGCAACCAAGCCUUACAGAGCUGGCUUGGGGCGGGGCAGUUGGGACACAUACAGAGGGGAGAGGCCCGUUUGUAGCUCCUUGUCACACACCGGAACCUCUGAUGGAAUUUGCAUAAACAGUACUUCCUGGUUUUAAGGACCUGUCAUUUUUUCUCUGAUGUUACAAUUGGCAAAGUACACUUAUUUUCCCCUGACUGUACCAAUGCUGAUUCAAGAAGUCUACAGGUGCAAAAAAGACUUUUAUUUUAUGAACUGGGGUGAACAAAACAAAAACAGUAAAAGGACUCAGAAAUCUUGUUUCUGUUUUGCAUACCUGUCCUCCCCUGAUGCCCCAAAUCACCCAGAAACCAAAAGCAAACCUACUUUCCCCUGGCCCAAAGUCAGUGCGGCUGCCUUGGCACAGGUGUGUAGUUGUGUGGUUCAGCUGUAAAUGUAAAACACCGUAACCUGGUUUCCCUCGCGCAGGUCAUCCAAAUACUUUAACAGCACUGGGGAGCUUGGGAUUCUCGUGCAGAGAACAGGUGAAACCAACACCACGCGUUGCAAUUUGUUGCCGCCUCUACCUGCACAGCCUAAGUGGCUAGUCGUGACCCUGUCUUCACUGCAGGCGCCUCAAUCCUCAGACUGUAGCACAAGUCCCAUCCCCUCGAUGCCAAGCAAGAGAAUGCUGUGUUGCUUGCAGACUUGGAGCCGGGGGCCAGCAGGCUCUCACUUCCAGGAGUCUGUCUCAAGCAAACUGCGUCAGUCUAUCUUUUGGCACUGAGAAAAUUAGGGUAAGCACGUCCCUGUAAAGUGUUUGCUUCUUCGGACUCACUCUAAUUGUUUGUUGUUGCUGUUGGGAGCUUAUUUGGGUUAUGUUCCUCCCUAACUACCGUGACAACCCUUUCUGGAGGGGCGGGCUACUGUUUGUUUUUCCGUGGACGCUGGCCGAACGGAUUUAAUCCCUUAAUUAGAACAGCAGCCAGUGCAGAGAAAGGCGCCUAAUGAUGCCACAGGAACACGGAUGAUCUUCGGUCAACACCGGGGUCCCGCUGGAGGGGCUGACUUACAGAAAGAAACUUUGUGCAUUGGGGGGGAGGCGGAAGGAAUUUCUGCAGAGGCGCAGCAUCGUGACUUAAAGUGAAACGCUGCUUCGUUAAGAGCUGUCGUCCUGAAAGGCACUCGCAGUCCCCCACCAGCGUCUCAGAUUGACUGCCGCCCUUCCAGAUGCCAGGGUUCAAGCUCCCUUCACCUGUCUCUUGCUGAGUCUUCCGUUUUCUCCAUCCAAAAAGGACUGUCAAGUUGAUGCUUUGCGUCUGUGCUUUGCCUGGCGUCUAUUGAAAUUAUCAGCAAUACAUGAGCUAAACACCUGGAUCGAGGGGUUUGGUUGGUGGGUUUGUGUUCCGUCUCCAUUUUGCAGGAUUUGGAAAAUGCUAGCACGGGUGGGGAAGCCAGUCGGAAACGCAUUCUUUACAGCGUCCACAGGAAAGACUCGUGUAGUAAGCAUCUCGGCUCUUACACCCUUCUGGAAGGGGACUAACAUCAGGUCGGGGAGGGGAGGGCCGAGUUUCGGGGGCUCAUUGGGAAAAUCCAGCGGGCCAUGGGAUACACAGAUACAGGGCAGCCAAGGUGGCACUGUGCAGGGACCUCGGGUGCAAGGUACUGGGAGCUAGUAACACCUGCUUAACAGUCCAGGGCCACCUCCUACAGCUUAACCCGCCGGGAAUGAGGACCACAGGUGAGGGGCGGUUGGUUGGUGGGAGUCCAUUCUCUCCCAUCUCCCCUCAAGCAGUUUCACCUAAUAAUGUGGGUAUUCCAUGCAGCUGGUGACCAGUCCCGUUUAGUGACUUCAGUCUCUGAAAAGCACAGCAAGUUCCUUUGCUGGCAGUAGGCAGUGGAGGUGAGAAUUGAACUGAUCUAAAACGCUCCGAGAAAUGGACCCUCUGGUCGCUCCUCCUUUAAAUCCCGUUCUACAAACUUUCUUUUCCUCCCUGGCUCCUGCCUGCUGGCAGCCGCACAGCUGGGUUAGGGUUUGUAAUUAUUUAAAGGGAUUCUGUGGCUGGGGUUGACUCCUCCUCCAUGAAGUUAAUCAAAAUAGAGACCUUUCCCUGCUGAUGGUAGUUAAUUAAAGGGCUCCAGUACAUAUAGCUGUGGUGCGUCUCCGGCUUGUUUAUAUUACAGAAUGAGAUGCAUUCCUGAUAUAUAGGGAACGGAGGAGAAAGUUAACCGGGCUGAACGUCUUGAGAGAACAGAAUUGUGUGUUUGCUCCCUUUACUUCUUUUCCUUCUCUUGUUUUAAUGGAGCCAAUGGAAUCCUCUCUAAACAUCGCACGUUGCACGCGGUGGCUUUAUCAGUGGUUGGAGGCAGGUGCUGCGUUAGCAGGCAGCAGAGUCCCGGGGACGGAUUGCGUGGUGCUGUCCUGCUCUCGGCAGUGGGCAGUGAGGUAGCCCAGGGAGAUCAGCAAUCCCACUACUCGCACUGACUUGGUUGACCCAAGGUAAGAGCUGCGUCCUCUUCCUUUGCUCUGGUGGGUAGCGCAGACCUGAAGUUCUGUCUCCCCCGUGCUCGGCGGUGGUUUAUUUGCUACUCAUUUUGCCCAGACGUCUUCCUUCUUCUCUUCUGCUUCGAGUCCCCAGAACCGGUUCUCGCCAAUGCUCAGUGGAAUGAAAGUGUGAACCAUGUGGCCCAGCACAAGACCUGUGCGUUCUGAGGCCUGAGCUUGGAUGGGCCCUGGCAGGGAGGGAGAGCGAGCAGGCUUAUGAUGAGGCCAGGAUUUUCAGGAGUUCGGCUGCCCAGGUCCGAGAGCUCCCAGCUCCUUUCUUGAGAAGCCUCCUGGAAUCUCUCAGUACAUCUGGAGUCCCCGGCAUCUCUCUCGCUUGCUCACGGCCUUUCCUUGUGCUUUACGCUCUGCUAACCCAGAACUUACGUGAGUGCCGCCCUGAGUCGGGCCCCUGCUUAGUCGGCAGCAGGAAAGUCGUUGGUCGAAGCGUGAUGUAUGCUGAACCCAGAAGGCUCCGUGGGCAGUUGGGGGAACCUGGUCGUGCAGAAUGUAGCAUCUGUUUGCUCUGAUCUUCGAUUGCUUCUUAUCGUUUCGGUGAGAGCCUUGUCUAAGGGCUAAAAGGGCUAUGGUCAAUAGGUAGCACACAAACCAUGCUGUCAGCCAUCCCCACAGACCUGUGCACAGGACAGCCAGCUCCCAAAUAGGGCUGGUGGGAUUGGAAUUGGAGAGUUUGGACUCUGGCCUUGGAAGAAAAGUACAGGGUUCAACUUGGUCCCAGCCUGAGCGUGGGAGGUUUUACAGAGGCGGGGUGAAAUGUCACCCUGUUCUAGAGAGGGCAAAAAAUAAGGAAGGAUUUGUUUUUGUUUUUUUGCCUCCUGUUGUAUGUGAGCUGGCUGAUACUCGUAAUGACAAACUUGCCAGUGCUGUUACUGAGAUAGUGCUAUUUUCCAAGGCAUUGGGCGGGGAGGCCAGGUGGGAUAGGGGGCUGCUUCGGAGCUUCCGCCUGUCAUCACUCGGCACUUCAUGGCCACAGCCACAUCCAGUGCUCCCCUCCCCCACCCCCUGCUCAGCCUCUUUGCCAUCCACAGGAAGAAGGCACCUCCCCGUGUUUGCCGCGGUUACCCUGGGAGAUUUUCACUUUGGGAGAGAUGAGAUUCUAGCUUGCGAUUUCAUUGUAAAUUCAUCAGGACAGAGCUGCAGAGUUAUUGAGGCUGCGCUUAUUCUGAUAAUGCAUCUUUUUACUAUUUCUUUAAAAUUUAAUUGGGCAGGGGCCGCCGUGUGGUUUUGACUCCACGCUUAGUUUUUUCUCUUUGCCUCCUUUUGUUGCUAUUGCAAGCUGCAGCGAAAGUGACUUGUAAUUUAUAAUCAAAGUUUGGUAUCGUUAAACUAAACUGUAAAAACCGACUUUGGGGUUUUGCUCAUAAAAUAAAUAUUGGAAAAAAUAUUGCAACGAGGCUUGUACAGUGGGAGCGGCGCCAGUACAUAUAUAUGGGUGUGUAUGAAUAUAUAUGUAUGUGUUUUGUUUCACAGACUGUUAGAGCUGAUCCUGAAACGCAUCUUCCAAAGCUGUGACUUUUUCAAAAACAUUCAAGUAGGAGGAUUCACUGAAGAGGGUGUGAACGCGUUCUCCUUAAUGCACCUCUAAUUUGUGAUUUAAACUCCAUUCAUAAUUCACAUUACCUUUUCCCCCUACUAUUUUAUGUUUGCGCUAACGAGUUAGAGUGUGUGUGCUAGACUUCUCUGUCUGUGAGCUAUGGUGCUCCUUAGCUCGCAAGACUUUUUUUUUUUCUCUCCCCCUAACAAGGAAGCUCAUUUAGAAAGAAAUGUUUAUGUGAAGUGCUUGUCAGCUGGCAUUUUUACUGGUUUGCUAACCCAAAGGUAAAAUAUAAAACCAUGUCUUUUCCUCACUGGCUUGUUGUCACUAGAAGGGUCCUUCCCUUGUUAGCUUGAUAAAUAAUUUUACUAGGGGGACUCUGCUGUAUUUUUAUGCUUGCUGUCUGUUUUCUGCUUGCCGCAAAUAAAUUUCUGUACUCAGAGGGCACUAAAACUCCAAACACAUGGCUUUUUCCCAUUUUGCUGCUGGUCUCCUGAAGUAGUUAUUCCAUCUAGAGUUUUUUAAUUAAUUUUUAAAGGGUGAAAUGUGUGAUUAAUAUCGAACAAAAAUGACUCCUCUGUUUAGGGAGAACAUUGGGUCUGAACCUGGAGGGACAUCAUCGUGAAAGGCUGCAUACGUCAGACCCUGUGUAAUAUUUGUCAAACUGAAGACAGGUGUUAUUUAUGGGGCGAGUCCUGAACUUUUCUCAUUAUACACGUGCAUGUCUGUCUUCCCAACUUUAAAUAUUAAGCUGUUAAUAUGAGAAAUGAAUAGGGCUGUGGAAUUCUAUCUAGAAACA